GAUUGGUUGAUAUUGAAGCUAAAAUUGAGGACCAAAUUUAGUAUAUGCCAUAGGAUUUACCAAAUUAUCUCUAAUGGCUAAAUUGCAGAUACUUUAUCUCUUCUCUUACAAUUUUCUUCAGUUUCUUGGAUGGACAUUAGCCCUUUUUAGAAUUUUGAGCAAUUUUAUUUCCACCAAGUCAGUCACUGAGGCUUAUGCUUCUGCUGGUGAACUAAUUUGUUUGCUGCAAUGUUGUGCAUUCUUGGAAGUUAUACAUGGAGCUAUUGGGAUUGUUCCUAGUGGGAUAGUGCUUCCUCUGAUGCAAUGGAGUGGAAGAACUCAUUUUUUGCUAGCAAUUGUUCGUCAAAUUGUUGAGGUCCAGGACUCGCCUUCAGUGUUCAUAACGUUUUCCUCUUGGAGCUUAAGUGAGGUGAUCAGAUACUCGCACUAUGCUUUGAGUUGCAUUGGCAGUCCACCGUACUUGAUCACAUACCUCAGGUACACUGCUUUCAUUCUACUGUAUCCCGUUGGAGUCGGACCUGGUGAAAUAUGGCUUAUGUACCAGGCACUUGCAUUCAUUAAAACGAGAAAUCUGUAUGCAGAUACUCUUCCUUUCAGUUAUUAUAACUUUGUCAAGGUUCUGCUUCUAUUAUACCCUCUUCUAUGGUUCAAACUUUAUCUGCACUUGUUCAAGCAACGCCGAUCAAAGCUGGGUAAAUAUCACAAGACAAAGAAGACGUGAGAGUCCAUGAAAUUAAACUCAAAUAAAUUAAAAGUCUCAAAACAAAAUGUGGAUUAUUUUAUUUCACAUUUUGUUAUGGAUAUUAAUCAGUCAUGGAAUUAUUUUAUUCCAUUAUAUGUACUAAAAGACAUGCCCAAUAUAAAAGGCGAGUAAGUUAAUCACAUGAAAUAUCAAUAUCCUUGUCUA